UGCUAAUACAUCGACCGGUUGAACGGUCAAACCUUGUCAGAGCCCCCCACGAGAGAACCAAGGGUCUAAAAGGUUUUCAGCAGCAGGUGGCUGGCUAUUCCCAGAAUCUGGGAACCCGGAUGCUACCAUGGCCUGUAGGAGAGCUGUAUAAAUACCAUCCAGGACCUCCUGCAUGAACACUUGUUUCUUCAGCCUCUCAGCCUCAUCUUAACUGAACUGCCAAUCUCAAACAUCCAUCUUUCCAUCUACAAUCAACCGUCAAGAUGAUGUUCAAGUCCACCUUCGCAGCCAUUGUCCUCUUCGGAGCAGCAACAGCCACUCCCAUCUUCGGUCGCGAGGAGGCCAGCCAGACAAAGUCUGUCCCUCAGACUACCGCCACCAACAGCGUUUACGACUGGUCUGAGGGCUGGGCCAAGGACUAUCCUAUCCAUCAGUCUUGCAACGCGACGCUUCGUCGUCAGUUGGUUAAUGCUCUGGAUGAGACUGUUCAGCUUGCUCAGCACGCGAAGGACCAUCUCCUCCGAUGGGGAAAUGAGUCUGAGUUUAAGCAGAAGUAUUUCGGUAAUGGAUCUACUGCUACGCCUAUUGGUUGGUAUGAUCGUGUUAUCAACGCGAAUAAGGCGGGUAUGCUGUUCCGUUGCGAUGAUCCUGACAAGAACUGCGCUACUCAGGAUAAAUGGGCUGGCCACUGGCGAGGUGACAACGCCACCACUGAAACCGUCAUCUGCCCUCUCUCCUUCGAGAUCCGUCGCAACCUCGACUCCGUCUGCGGUCUCGGCUACACCGUCGCCCAAUCCAAGCUCAACACAUUCUGGGCCACCGAUCUCCUGCACCGCGUCCUCCACGUCCCUACCAUCAGCGAGGGCAUCGUCGACCACUUCGCCGAGGAUUACGCCGAAGCUCUCGAACUCGCCAAGACCGACCCUUCCAAGAGUGUUAUCGACAGCGACGCUCUUCAGUACUUCGCCAUUGACGUUUACGCUUACGACAUUGCUGCUCCUGGCGAGGGAUGCACUGGUGAGGCGGAGGAGAAGGAGACUCCUACCAAGGCGGAUUCGGCUAAGCCUAGUGCUACCAAGGAGGCUCCCAAGGAGUGUCACACUCAUAGUGAUGGUGUCGUUCACUGUUCUUAAGGAAGAGCGUGAGCUGGUUUUCGAUUCUAAUGAUCCUUUUUUGUUGUAUUGUCGAUUAAGCUGAGACCUUUACUGGUAUCUUCUUGACGGCAGGCGUCUAUUCUAUAGGAAUUAGAGCUUUUCUGUCUCGCGAUUAUGCGGACAUCGCUGGAAUAUUGGUUUCGAAUAAUUCACUUGAUGUUGGGGCAAUCAGAUACAGGCAGAUUAGAGCACUUCGCAUAGACGGCACAACGGCGAACAAUACAUAAUGAUAAUUACUACCAUCCAUCAAGG